AUGACCAGUUGCGAAGGGCAACCGCAGCCUGGUGAGCUGGCAGCCGUGUCUCCGAGCAACGAGCCUGUCAACGAGCCAAUAAGUGACGGUGGAUCCCAUGAUUCGCUUUCCCUAAAUGAUUUACAGCCUCAAAACUUGCAAAAUGACGACGGUAAUCUGGUAGACAACGCUGCUGGACCUUCAGUCAUGAUAGAUGCUACAAAUUAA